AUGGCUCUUGCAGACUUGGCUGUUGCCAUCUACGAACAGUUCAUGGCGCUCAGCCUUCCCCUCAAAGUGGCCCUCUUUGUGUUUGGGCCGAUCGUGUACAAUAUCGUUUGGCAGAUGUUGUAUUCGCUUAGAAAGGACAGAGCUCCACUUGUGUUCCACUGGCUUCCCUGGGUCGGAUCGGCCGUGUCCUACGGUAUGGACCCCUACGUGUUUUUCGAAAACUGCAGACAGAAGUACGGCGAUGUGUUUGCGUUCAUGUUGUUGGGUAGAGUGAUGACUGUGUACUUGGGACCCAAGGGCCAUGAGUUCGUGUUCAACUCCAAGCUUGCCGAUGUUUCUGCUGAGGAAGCCUACUCGCACUUGACCACUCCUGCUUUCGGCAAGGGCGUCAUCUACGACUGUCCUAACCACAGAUUGAUGGAGCAGAAGAAGUUCGUCAAGACUGCAUUGACCAAAGACUCGUUCCAGAAAUACGUUCCCCGCAUCCAGGAGGAGGUCUUGGACUUCUUCAAGACCUGCUCGUCAUACGCCAUGACUGAGCGCAACAACGGUGUUGUGGAUGUGUUGCACACGCAAGCCGAGAUGACCAUCUUGACGGCCUCCAAGUCUCUUUUCGGUGACGAGAUGAGAUCUAGAUUCGACAAGUCCUUUGCUGGCUUGUACAACGACUUGGACAGAGGCUUCACCCCUAUCCACUUUGUGUUCCCUAACUUGCCCUUGCCUUCCUACCGUAACAGAGACAACGCCCAAAAGAAGAUUUCUGCUACUUACAUGUCCUUGAUUGAUGAAAGAAGAAAGACCGGCGACAUCGUCCCCGGCAGAGACUUGAUCGACUCCUUGAUGUUGAGCUCCACCUACAAGGAUGGUGUGAAGAUGACUGACCAAGAGAUUGCUAACUUGAUGAUUGGUGUUUUGAUGGGUGGCCAACACACCUCUGCUGCCACUUCUUCCUGGUUCUUGUUGCACCUUGCCGAGAGACCCGACCUCCAAGAGGCUUUGUACAACGAAGUCCUUUCUACCUUGGCCAAGAAGGGUGGAAAGAUCACCGACUUGUCUUACGAGGACUUGCAAGAAAUGCCUCUUGUCAACAACACCAUCAAAGAGACCUUGCGUAUGCACUUGCCCUUGCACUCUAUCUUCCGUAAAGUGAUGAACAACUUGGUUGUUCCAAACACUUCCUACGUGGUUCCAAAGGGCCACUACGUCAUGGUUUCUCCUGGUUACGCUCACAUGUCUGCGGAGUGGUUCCCUAACCCCCAGAACUACGACCCACACAGAUGGGAGGAGAUGGACGCCGCCAACGUCCAGGACGCCAACUCUGACGAUGCCGAAGAUUAUGGUUUCGGAAAGGUCAACAAGGGUGUUGCCUCGCCAUACUUGCCAUUCGGUGGUGGAAGACACCGUUGUAUUGGAGAGCAAUUCGCCUACGUUCAGCUUGGAACGAUUUUGAGUACCUUUGUGUACAACAUCAAAUGGGGCUUUGCUCCUGGCCGCUCGGUUCCUCCCGUGGACUACCAAUCCAUGGUGACUUUACCUGCUUCCCCAACCGAGGUUGUUUGGGAGAAGAGGGAGACCUGUGUCAUUUAA